AAGCAGUCAUCGAACGUACAAACGUAAAGAUAUUUUUCAGUUAUCAGCAAAACCGGAAGAAACGUACAAAAUUGGAAAUUGCACAUUUUCGGUCUCUCUGAUCGCCAAAAUAGAAGUAUUCCCCCAAUACUCCAAAAAAAAAAUGAUAAAUAAAAAGUCAGUAAAACGAGAUACGCGUCAGAUGUAUAAAGAAUCAAUUAAUGAAUCCGCAAUGAAGCAGUACAAUAUGUGUGACACCAAUGGAGCUAAGGCUAAGCACACCGCAAACACUUCAGUUAUUCUUGAGUCUAAGAAGCGAGCUGCCAAACACAUCCCAAACCAGUGCGAGUUGUCCGAAGAAAUCAAAGAAAUCUGAUGCACCAGAAGCUGUACAAAUUUUAAACAAUAACGGGGCUCCCGAAAUACCAGUCGCAAAUGAUAUGUGGUCCAAAUUGCGUUACUUGGAGGAUGGAACCAUUGAGAUAGAGGAGUUCAGUGAAUCCGAGCUGGGCCAGGAGACAUCUAAUGAUACGUCCUCUGAAUCUCUUGAGAGUAAUUCAGAUGAUGAACAAAAUACUGACUUUCUGCUACACACACAAUCCAAGACUGCCUGGAGGGUGCCAAUGGUACUUGAAAGACCUGACAACAAAGUUGUUUAUUUUCCUAAAAAUGCAAACGCUCAAACGAAAUGCCAUGUAUUAUUUGUGACGGGAUCCAUUGAAAAGAUAGUAAUAUUCUCUAAUGAUGGGAUAUCGCCAACCAUAGAAGAGCUCUACCAAGAAGAUAUCUGUGGGAAUACAGCUCAGCAAUCGGCUGUCCAAACCAUCAACGAUAAUGAAGCUCAGCUGGAUACAGACAACAUAUGUAAUUUAGCAAAAGAAACGUUUGUAGGAGGAACACCAACGAUUGAGGAUAAAGAGGCCUCUAAUGCGUUCUCUCGAAUCACUACUGAAGAAGCUCCACUUGAAGUUCGACAAGAUGCGGAGACACUCGGAGCACUAUCUCCAUUGGUAGCCGAACCGAAGCCAAUCAGCUUGGAUCUCGAUGUUUGUGCCCUGGUGGAUGAAUUGAUUGAAGACAUAAAAGAGAUAUUGGAAGCACAACCGGACUCAAAUUCAGAGUCUCUAAUCCCCAUUGAAGAAGUUGAAGAAGAUCGAUCGCCAACUGAAACCGAACCAUAUGCCUCAGCAGAAACCGAAGCAGCAGAUGCUGAAGAAGCUCAAAUCGCCAUGGAGAUAGAGGAGGUUCCCCAACCAAUGGAGCCGUGCCAGGUUUUCAAUGAAGAUACACCUUACUGCCCCCCAGCGUUGAGUGUCUUUGAGAAUAGCCCGACGUGCAACGAUGUGCUGGCUGUGAUCAAAGAGGACAUUGAGCUCUAUGGCACUGUCGUGGUGACCCUGUUGGGUGGUCAGAUCACAGUGAACGGCUUCAUUGCCAAGAAACGUCAAAGCCUGACCAUCUACUCGCCCAAGGGCAUCAAUUGGGUGAGCAUUUGUCCAAAAAAACGUGUCAAACCAACCACAGAAAAAAUUGAAUGGGACAAAUUGUCUGAGAAGUUUACACGCGCACAAUUGGAGAACCUGCGGGGAUGCUUCAAUAGUCAGGAGGAUGCCCUUGUCCUCAUGCAGAGGAACACCAAGGCCCAGAACAUGCUCAACACUUUGAAGCAGUACAUGAGCCAGAUUUUGUUUCCCCAAGUGAAUAGUGCGAAUGUGGCGCAUUCAAACAGCGAAAUAAAGCUCAACUGUUACAUCCAGAGCUCGGACAGAAGACGCACCCUUCAAGUACCUCAUGAGUGGACCAAGCUGAAGAUGCAAAAGACGAGCCGCCUCAUGGUAACCGGUGGGAAGGGUGUCGGCAAGUCCACCCUGCUGCGUUAUCUGCUCAAUCGGCAUUUGAACCUUUUUCCACGCGUGCUGUUCAUCGAUCUGGACAUUGGCCAGCCGGAGAUCUUUGUGCAGCAAACGGUCUCUUGCACUGUCAUUGACGAGCCGCUUCUGGGGCCUGGAUUCCUACUAAACAAGCAGCCGGAUCGUGCUCACGUCGUGGGAGACACAAACAUCGUCAUGUGCCACAUGCAGUAUGCCGAGGCGGUGGUACAGCUGAUGAGCCACAUCCAACAGAAUCCCGAGUAUGCCAAAAUGCCAUUUCUGAUCAACACGAUGGGCUACAACAGGGGAUUUGGCCUCGAGCUGAUGGCUCUGCUGGUGGACUGCAUCGAGCCAACGGAUGUGGUGCAGAUCUCGAGUACACUACCCAUGAACAACUUUAGCUCGCCACUCGACUGGUCGACCCUUUCGCAGGUGAAAGGUCCCUAUGUCUACAAAGAUGCAGAGUUCAGGGUGGAGUCCAAAAACCAUAAGUACACGCUCCACGAGCUGCCCAGUGCAGUCCCACCAAGACAGCAGGGAGUCUGGCGAAUGAGUCCCAGGGAUAUGCAAUUCACCAAUCUGUUGGUCCACCUCAGCUUCUGCCUGAGGGGCAAUGCCAAGCACCUGACUGCCUGCGAGCCCCUCAGCGCAUCUUUUGGGAGCAUGCAUUUCCUCCAUUCCACUGAGAAAGGCGUUGAUAGGAGUAUCAUUAUCGCUGGAAUGGAAGCCAAUGUGGUUUACUUGGCCCAUCUGGAAGCUCAGGGUCUGCCCGUGUGCCUGGGCAUAGGCGUCGUCCGUGCCAUUGACUUUGAGAACGAGAGGCUUUAUCUCGUGCCAGCCAUUCCUCUGGAGCGAAUGGCCCAAGUGAAUUGCCUCAUAUCUUGCGGAGACAUCACUUUGCCGCAAAAAUUUUUCACGGAGCCUUGGCCGGAGGCUGGCAGCACCAUGCCGUUUGUCUUUCAGCAGGACGACGCCGGCUGGCUCACAAAGAGCAUCAAUCAGUUUUACACGCGAACUUCUUCCGUGAGAAAAGAUUAAGACUACUCCAGCUACCUGUACUUUUAUGAAAAGUAAAACUCCAAAUAAAGCUUUAUUGAUAUAUG